UGAAUAGGGCCUACUCACUAUAACAGUGAAAAUUUCAAUUUUCGAAGCAGUUGAAUCGUUAUCUUGAGUCCAAAAUGGGAAACUGCUCGCCAAGGAAAGCUGAGUCUGCGCCUCCGCAAAUAAUUGUCGUAGGUACGGUAAGCAGUGGAAAGAACACAAUCUUGCAACAUCUUAAAAAAGAGAGCCUGCCGUCGGUUGGUCUCGAUGGAGAUACUGUGACUUUAAAUGGCAUUGCACUGAGCAGCUGGGAAUUAGGUGGCAGAUCCUCUUUGCAAUUCUUUUUUCGACUUUACUACAAGGCUGCUCAAGGUAUAGUGUUAGUGGUGGACAGUGCUAUGCACGAGUACAUGGAUCAUGCAUUUGACUACUUCAACUGGCUUAUUUUGCAGGAGGAGGAGACAAAAGGAAUGACAGUGAUGGUCCUGGCUAACAAGCAAGAUUUACCCCAAGCACUGAAUUGUGAGGAGGUGGAGAAAAGAUUCAGGGAGAAAUUCCCAAGCACUCCAGACCACAAAAUCUUCUUCAAACCCUGUGUUGCAACAACAGGAGAAGGUAUCCGUGAAGCCUUUAAUGAAUUUUCUACCAAACUAAAGCUGGCUGACGCAAAUAAUCCUGAAGGAGGAAACGUUGAGAAAGGAAAGAAAGAAAAAUCGAUGAAGUCGUUCUUCAAAAAGCCCAUUAGUUUUGUGAAGUCAGUGCUGAUGUAUUAAAUAUGCAAGCGUCAUAUGAAAUACAAACCACAACUUUGAACUGGA